CAUCCUAACGACGAUUUCACAGCGAUGACUGUAAUUUCACAAAGAAACAGCUGCUAGCUACCACCGAGGACAAUUUUAAUCACGUUAUCUUCCGUCAACCGCGUUGAUUGGACUUGGCUAAUAACUGCGUUAGCUGUGUGACGUCCACUCAUUUCAUUUUAACGCAUGGGAUCUGACUAUUUACUGGCCCGCAAGCUACUGUUUUCGCAUCGGAUAAUGCUAACAAUGAACGUGAAUUUGAAGGUCCCCAAACCCCGAGGACGUUCCAGAUAACCUCCUUCUGCCUUUGAGGAAGAGCAGCCGCACUUUGGAUACUUUAUGGUCUUUAACUGUGCCUCUUUGAGAGCAUCAAAAUCAUUAAGAAACCCUGUUGCAGUCAAUAACAUCAACCAGCACCAGGCAUCGACCACCGUUCACUGCGGCUCUUGGAAGAUCAGCGUUGUGUUUAUGUCUUUGUUUUGCGAAAACGAGCUGUUGCGCAGCCGUUGGAACCUGUGUGGUGGAAAUCUAGACUUCAAGCAAGGAGCUUGCAGCCACAGCGGCACAACGUUUUUCAUGUCAGAGACCGAGCACGCUUGCAGUCGUUUAUGUCAUCCCCUCUUUUCCAGACAGAAGAUCCCGAAAAAUCCCCAACCAAGAUCCUUUUAUCUUACUGAUAGUGCUAACAUCCAGCCAAAAUGUCUGUCAACGUCAACCGCAGCGUGUCAGACCAGUUCUAUCGCUACAAGAUGCCCCGUCUGAUUGCCAAGGUUGAAGGCAAAGGGAAUGGAAUCAAGACGGUCAUUGUCAACAUGGUUGAUGUUGCAAAGGCUCUGAACAGGCCUCCAACAUACCCGACCAAGUUUUUUGGUUGUGAACUCGGCGCUCAGACCCAGUUUGAUACCAAAAACGAUCGUUACAUCGUCAACGGAUCCCACGAGGCGAACAAGUUGCAGGACAUGCUUGAUGGGUUCAUCAGAAAAUUUGUGCUGUGUGCCGAGUGUGACAACCCUGAAACUGAUCUGCAUGUCAAUCCCAAGAAACAAACUAUUGGUACUUCCUGUAAGGCCUGUGGAUAUCGCGGCAUGCUAGACACCAGACACAAACUCUGCACAUUCAUCCUCAAAAACCCACCUGAGAGCAAUGAUAGUGGAUCUGCAUCUGUGAAGAAAGAGAAGGAGAAGAAGAACCGCAAGAAGGACAAGGAAAACGGCUCUGGCAGUGGCGAGGCUGGAAACCAUGACAACUUUGAUGCUCCCGAGGCUGUGGAUCGAGAUGACGAUGAUGAGGACUGGGCAGAGGAGACUACAGAGGAGGCACAGAGGCGGCGAAUGGAGGAGAUCAGCGAUCAUGCCAAGAACCUGACGCUCAGCGAGGACCUGGAGAAACCCCUGGAGGAUAGGGUCAACCUCUUCUACAGCUUUGUGAAAAACAAAAAGGAAAGCGGAACGAUUGACGCAGCUGAUAAAGAGAUCUUGGCGGAGGCAGAGCGCCUGGAUGUGAAGGCCAUGGGCCCGCUCAUCCUGAGCGAACUGCUGUUCAACGAGAACAUCCGUGACCAGAUCAAAAAGUACAAACGUCACUUCCUGCGUUUCUGCCACAACAACAAGAAAGCCCAGAAGUAUCUGCUGGGAGGCUUUGAGUGUGUCGUGAAGCUGCAUCAGGUCCAGCUCCUGCCACGUGUUCCCAUCAUCCUCAAAGACCUGUACGACGCUGACCUGCUGGAGGAGGACGUGAUUUUCGCCUGGGCAGAGAAGGUUUCUAAGAAGUAUGUCUCCAAGGAACUUGCCAAAGAGAUCCAUGCCAAGGCCGCUCCUUUUGUCAAAUGGCUGAAGGAGGCAGAGGAGGAGAGCGAGGGCAGCGAAGAAGAGGAGGAGGAAGAUGAUGAGAAUGUCGAGGUGGUGUACUCGUCCUCUGCCCGCGAGCUCAAAGUGGAGACUGUGAAACCAGACACGCCAGAGAAAGAAGAGGACGACAUUGACAUCGAUGCGAUCUGAGAGACUCGAGUGAUGAUGAUGCUUUUCCUGACUUGCGGCUUUGACUCACGAUGCCCUGUACUAGCUAAAUGGCUGGCCUUUUCCCUCCUUUACUACCUGCCCCACCACCACCCCUCUCUGCGAUCCCUUCUCCGCUUAGUGGCAUGAUUUAACAUAGCGCUUUAUCUGCUGCACAUUAAUGCUGUCAUUUUGAAGUGUAUUCAGUUGAUGAAAUUAAGUUGCUUUUGGGGAUUUGAAUCAUGGGUGAUUUGGGGGUUUUGUUUUGACUGCACUUUUUUUUUUCUUCUUUUUUUUUAUUUUGGUCCUUGUAUUUUUCCAGUCAAUAAAGAAUGAAUGUUUUGCUAUCCAGCA